ACUGGGACCCAGAGAGCGCCUCUCCUCUGCUCUCCUCCACUUCCACAGGAUUUUUUUACUCAGGGAUGGCCGCAUCUAUUCUGGAGGUAGGGAAUGUAAUUGAAGACGCACGCUAUGGCUCCAGUCCCCUGGCUAUGUUAACUGCUACCUGUAAUAAGUUCGGCAGCACCAGCCCCGUCAGGGACACAGCCACCCCCGGUAAAAGCGGCAGUACCUCGCCAGUAAAGAAACCAUACAUCAUGACCUCUGACCUUCAGGCAGCCAAAAACGGCCGUACCGCAGACACUGGCCUGGCGGACUCCUACACUGGCUCCUUCACCACAAGUGGGGGAGGCAGCGGCGGGCUCCUCACCCCGACAGGGAGCCCCCCUCCUUCGGCCGGAGGCUACACUUCUGAAUAUAAUCCUUUCUCCCACUCCUUCCAGACCUCAGCAUCCCAGGACCCCUCUCUGUUAGUGUCUAAGGCCCAUGCCACGGCUGACUGCCUGACCAGUGUGUAUACCUCUUUGGACAUGACACAUCCUUAUGGCUCCUGGUACAAGGCUGGCAUCCCGGGCAUCACUACUGCCCCUGCCAACGCCACGUCCUCCUGGUGGGACGUCCACCCCAACUCUAACUGGCUGUCAGCUACGCAGCCCCAGUCAGAUGCAGGGCUCCAGGCCUCACUGCAGACAGUGGCCCCCCAAGCUUCACUCAGCCCACAGUUGCCCAGCUACAGCACCGACUUCACCCCCUUAAACCCAGCUCCGUACCCCUCUGUGGGCUUGGGCUCCUCCUCUCACCUCCUACAGCCCUCACAACACAUGCUGCCCCAGGACAUGUACAAGCCCAAGCCUGUGGCCAGCACAGGGCUGAUCGAGAGCCAAAUGGGGCUCAAGCCUGCGCGAGGAGCAGGGGGCUACAGCGGGGGUGCUGCACCCACAAGGUCAUCAUGUGACUGCCCCAACUGCCAAGAGCUGGAGCGGCUGGGUGCCUCAGCCGCCUCCUUAAGGAAGAAGCCUGUCCACAGCUGCCACAUUCCAGGCUGUGGGAAGGUUUACGGGAAGGCAUCCCACCUGAAAGCCCACUUGCGCUGGCACACUGGGGAGAGACCCUUUGUGUGCAACUGGCUGUUCUGUGGCAAGCGCUUCACCCGGUCUGAUGAGCUGGAGAGGCACGUGCGCACACACACCCGGGAGAAGAAGUUCACCUGCCUGUUGUGUAACAAGCGCUUCACCCGCAGUGACCACCUCUCCAAACACCAGAAGACCCAUGCCGAGUCUGCCCUGCAGGGAAAAAGUGUGGAAGGAGAGACAGACCCUCGCAGUGAGGACCCCAAUGAGAUGAACACUGGUACAGUGCCUUCCAACUCCACCCCUGACCCCAUCCCAAACGGAGAUGAUAAAACCGGUACAACCAAUGGAGUGGACAACAGCAGUGGACUAUUGGAGAUUUAAGUGCGCUGUGCUGUUUCAGGACACAGAUGGAGUUUGUUAUGGCAAACAAAAGGAGAAUAUGAGACACCAGAUGGACUUUUGGUAGGGUUAAUAAAACAAGUGACUGUGCAGAAGGUAGCAAUCACUUCAUUAUCUGUGGGCCACACAGACAUUAUGAGCGGACUGAGGACGUGAGCCACAGUACACGUGUAAACACAGAUUCAGAUGAAAUGCAUCUUGAAAAGACAUGAAACUAACGAGUUUGACACUCAGAGCACAACCUGCCUUUACCUGACACAAACCACUGGGAAAAGGGACUCAGCAGUGGGUUAUUUAAGACACUGCAUGGCUACAACUAAUGUAGAACUUUGGCUCAAUGUUAACUUUUGUACUUUUGUGUUGUUGAGUAUUUGGAAUUUACUGUGUUUUUGUUUGCUUAUUUAAUGCCAUAUUUACAUACAAUACAAAUCUAAUUUAUAACUUAAAUUAUACAUUAUUUUGCAGCCUAUAAGAAAUAUUGUGCCUUAACAAAAGCAGGAUGUAGCUGUCCAAUCGUAAAAUUCACAAUAAAUUAAGAACUUUUAUUUAUUUGUCUCAACAUGGCUGUAUUGGGGCCAUGUUCUAAAGGUUUAUUUAUAGAUCUUGAUGUUGCAUGUGUUUGUUUUAUAAUUCUUAAUUGUGAAGUCUUCCACAUCUGGCACAAAACAACAAUGUUCUCCUUUGUAACCAUAUUAUAUGAUAUAAGGUGUGUUGCCUUUCUAUCUUUGGUGCCAGUUUGUUAGAUUUUGACAACAAAGAUGUCUAUUUUGCUUACCAAGAAUUGAAAUGAUCAUUUUACAUAAAACUGAAAUGCUUUUAUGCUCACAUUUUAGGUGGAAUUUUCACUGUAAAUAUAAAUGAUGUCUUAAAGAUGUACAUGUUAUUAGCGGUGAUGAGCAAUCACUUCUCAGUGCUUCUAAAAGUAAAU